AUGGCCGGGAACGAGGUGGUCCUUCAAAUGGAGGAGCAGCGGAAAGUAGUCGCUGAUCAGUUUGGAAAACCUGCGGAUGGCAGUGAUCAUAUGAAAGCCUUGGCUGACUUAAAAUCCAAAUUUCGUCGGCUAGAAAAUGAAGAGGAAUCUGAAUCUCCAUUAUCAUCAAGUGUAAAGCCACAAUGUCCCAUGGUUCCAAAGAGAUUGCGACCAGAUGUCAAGGGUGCUGAAGACUACUACUUUGCGCCAAAACUCAUUUCUUUGGGUCCUUACCACCAUGGCAAGCCCCACCUCAAGGAUGGAGAAACGCUCAAGCUUAAAUUGGCAGAAGCCUACAUCCAAGAAUGUGAGACAACAGUGGAUGAAAUUUACCACACAAUUAGCGAUAGCAUUAGUAAGCUGAGGGGCUGUUAUGAUGCGGAGUCCACAAAGAAAUAUAAGGAUGACGAAUUAACCAUCAUGAUGCUGGUGGACGGGUGUGCUUUACUCUGUUACAUUUUAUGCGUUUGCUUAGGUUAUGGCCAUGAAGAUUUCAAUAUCAGAUAUCAGGAUAUAAGCCUUCUGCACCAGGAUGCGUUGCUGCUGGAAAACCAGCUUCCCUAUCAAUUACUCCUUGAGCUGAUGAAGAUGGUGGACCCAGAAUCGGCCAAUGAUUUUUGGACGGCCAUGUUCCAGGAAUUCUUCGGCAUCAGCGACGAGUCAAUAUUUCAGGAAUUUAUCGGUAUGAAGAAGAAGGAGUCAUUCCUGCAAAAAAUGAAGAAUUAUUGCCCCCGCCUAUUCCUCCCAAUCAACCAAAUUAUUGACCCCAAAUCGAAGCCGCAAAGUCCUAAUAACGAGUCAAAGCCUUGUCAUCAUCUCCUCGAUCUCUUCCGAAGAAAUUUCCUAGGCGAUGAACGUUCCGGCAGCCCAACGCACCCAGAAAAUGAAAAUUUGGAAGGUCCUUCGUCAUCGGAAACUGAAAUUGGCCGGAGGCUGGGUAGAGCAUCAGUUAGAGAUGUGAAGGAGGUUAUGGCAUCAUUUAGAAAUGUGAAGGAGCUGAUGGACGCUGGAAUCCGCAUCAAGCGCAGUCCUACACGUCACUUGAGGGACAUUUCUUUCCGUUCAAAUGGGAUCACCGCAUGCCUGAGAAUUCCUCCCAUCACCAUUGAUAACUCAACCAAGGCUAUGUUCUUGAACUUGAUAGCCUAUGAAAUGAGCUCAGACGUCGACCAUGACUUCAUCUCUUACCUUCGCUUCCUUGAUUCCCUCAUUGAUCAUGCUGAUGACGUUAAGGAGCUGCAGUCCAUCGGGAUACUCCAAAACAAUCUAGGAACCCACGAAGAAGUGGCUCAAUUCUUCAACACGGUGUCCGCCAACUUGGAAUCCAACUUUCAUGCUUACAAAGACGUGAGAGUGAAAAUUCGGAAGCACCUUCAGAGUCACUAUAACAGCAAACUGACAAUGUGGAUGACACAAUGCCUGGACACCUAUUUCGGUAGCCCCUGGACAAUCAUAGCUUGGGUUGGUGCAGCUUUGGCCCUAUUCCUUACUUUCGUCCAGACUUACUUCUCAGUCUUCCCUCAUUGA